AUGGCGAGAAACGAGCACCGUGAUCUUGUACUUGGUAUCGAUAUCGGCACGACAAGCGUUAAAGCUACGAUAAUCGAGAAAUCUACGAAGCACAUAGUGCAGACACAAUGUCGGCCGACGUCGGCCGAGCACGGCAGCGACGUAGAUGUGCAGGCGAACGAACAAUGCUCGCAGAGAAUUUGCACUGCGCUGCAGCACGCCGUGUCGAUGUUGAAGAAAGACCACCUGAUACACGUGAAAACGAUAGGCGUGUGUGGACAGAUGCACGGCGUCGUGUUGUGGAAAUCCGGCGAGGCGUGGACGAGGAACAACUUCGGACGAUGCUGCACGGACAAGACUAGCCAGCUGUUCACGUGGCAGGACGGCCGGUGUAGUCGGGCGUUCUUGGAGACUUUACCGACGCCCGACUCACAUCUCCGGCUGAGCACUGGCCACGGCUGUGCGACACUCUUCUGGUUGCAGCGUCACCGGCCAGAGUUCUUGGAGAAGUUCGAUCGGGCGGGUACGAUUCACGACUUCAUCGUUGCAAUGCUGUGUGAGUUAGACAAGCCCGUCAUGUCGACACACAACGCAGCUAGCUGGGGUUACUACAACACGGUCACCAGCGAGUGGAACAAGGAAAUUCUAUCAAAGCACGGUUUCCCCGUCCGUCUGCUGCCGGCCGUCUACAGGCCGGACAGCGUAGCUGGGAAGCUGUCCGAGGAGUGGUAUGGAAUCCUGCAGGGUACCGUGGUAAAGGUGGCGCUGGGAGACCUGCAAUGUUCCGUCAUGCCAGCUCUGCGCGACGACCACGACGCAGUGUUAAACAUGAGCACGUCGGCACAACUGUCUUUCAUAAUGCCGAUGGGUUUCUCGCCGCCUCCGCGUGCGACGCUGUCUCCCAUUGAGUACUUUCCGUACUUUCAAGGCCGCUACCUGGCCGUGGCGGCGUCGCUGAACGGCGGUAACGUACUGGCGGCGUUCGUCCGGAUGCUGCAGCAGUGGACGCACGAACUAGGCUUGGGUGUGCCGGAGAACAAGAUCUGGGAGAAGAUACUGAUGCUGGCGGCAGAGACGGAGCUGAAUGGCAACGACGUCACCGUCGUGCCGACAAUAUACGGCGAGCGACACGCGCCCGAGGGGAAGAUGUCCGUGUGCAACAUCACGUCGCAAAAUGUCACCCUCGGCAAGGUGUCGCGCGCGCUCUGUCACAGCCUGAUCUCCAACCUGCGCAGCAUGAUGUCUCAAGAGGUGCUGCGACGUUCCGACGUUCGCCGCAUCGUCGGCAGCGGUACGGCGCUGCUCAAGAAUCGCGUGCUGCAGGAGGAAUUCGAGUCGCAGUACGGAUUGCCGCUAGUGUUCGACGAGCAGGGCUCGACGGACGCGGCGAUGGGCGCCGCCAUGGCCGCCAUCUUGUGA